GCGGCGCCGGGACAGGAAGCGGAAAGCGGCAGUGCAGCGGCGGCAGCGGCGGCGGCGGCGGGGCUCUGCCUCUACAGGAGCCCAGCGCAGGCCGCAGAGCCGGGGCCGCUGCGAGCCGAGACCGCGGCCGCGGAGCCCGCACGGCCGGUGGUGAGGAUUUGUUCCUGCUAAGAGUGGCUCCUUGACUCCCAGAUGCUUUGAGGUUCCAGGAACACAGUCGGUGAAAUUCUCUACCUCCACGGAGAAACACUACCUGCUCCUUCAUCAAAAGCAAGCUGCCCACUGCUAUGGAUACCGAAUCCACGUAUUCUGGAUAUUCUUACUAUUCAAGUCACUCGAAAAAAUCUCACCGACAAGGGGAACGAAACAGAGAGAGACACAAAUCACCCCGGAAUAAAGAUGGCAGAGGGUCGGAGAAAUCGGUCACCAUCCAGGCUCCCCCCGGAGAGCCACUGCUGGCCAGCGAUGCCACUCGGGCGGAGGAAGUCCAGGAUGACAACUGGGGAGAGACCACCACGGCCAUCACAGGCACCUCGGAGCACAGCAUCUCCCAGGAGGACAUCGCCAGAAUCAGCAAGGACCUGGAGGACAGUGUGGGGCUGGACUGUAAGCGCUACCUGGGCUUCGCCGUCGCCGCGGCGCUUGGACUUCUAGUUUUCCUCACCCCCAUCGCCUUCCUCCUGUUGCCCCCCAUCCUGUGGAGGGACGAGCUGGAGCCUUGUGGCACCAUCUGCGAGGGACUCUUCAUCUCCGUGGCCUUCAAGCUCCUCAUCCUGCUCAUCGGAACCUGGGCGCUCUUCUUCCGCAGGCAGAGAGCUGACGUGCCACGGGUGUUCGUGUUCCGCGCCCUCCUGCUGGUCCUCAUCUUCCUCUUUGUGGUUUCCUAUUGGCUUUUCUACGGGGUCCGUAUUUUGGACUCCCGGGACCGAAAUUACCAGGGCAUCGUGCAAUACGCGGUCUCGCUGGUGGACGCCCUCCUCUUCAUCCACUACCUGGCCAUCGUCCUGCUGGAGCUGAGGCAGCUGCAGCCCAUGUUCACGCUGCAGGUGGUCCGCUCCACCGACGGCGAGUCCCGCUUCUACAGCCUGGGACACCUGAGUAUCCAGCGAGCAGCAUUGGUGGUUCUGGAAAAUUACUAUAAAGAUUUCACCAUCUAUAACCCCAACCUCCUAACAGCCUCCAAAUUCCGAGCGGCCAAGCACAUGGCAGGGCUGAAGGUCUACAAUGUGGACGGCCCCAGCAACAACGCCGCCGGCCAGUCCCGGGCCAUGAUCGCCGCCGCGGCGCGCCGCAGGGACUCGAGCCACAACGAGCUGUACUACGAGGAGGCGGAGCACGAGCGGCGGGUAAAGAAGCGGAGAGCAAGGCUGGUGGUCGCCGUGGAGGAGGCCUUCAUCCACAUCCAGCGCCUCCAGGCCGAGGAGCAGCAGAAGGCCCCCGGGGAGGUGAUGGACCCCAGGGAGGCUGCCCAGGCCAUCUUCCCGUCCAUGGCCCGGGCCCUGCAGAAGUACCUGCGCACCACGCGCCAGCAGCACUACCACAGCAUGGAGAGCAUCCUGCAGCACCUGGCGUUCUGCAUCACCAACAGCAUGACCCCAAAGGCCUUUCUGGAGCGCUACCUCAGCGCGGGCCCCACGCUGCAGUACGACAAGGAGCGCUGGCUGGCCACGCAGUGGAGCCUCGUCAGCGACGAGGCCGUGACGAACGGGUUACAUGACGGACUCGUUUUCGUCCUGAAAUGCCUGGACUUCAGCCUCGUCGUCAAUGUGAAGAAAAUUCCAUUCAUCGUGCUCUCGGAGGAGUUCGUAGACCCCAAAUCUCACAAAUUUGUCCUCCGCUUGCAGUCUGAGACGUCGGUUUAAAAGUUCUCUAUUUGUGGCUUUAUUAAAGAAAAAGAAUAUAAAGAGAUAUAUGUAUACCAGAGGGGCAUCUCGUUGUUUUCACUAGUUCCCAUCGCUGAGACUGGCAGAUGAGAGACCCACGUCCUUCGACCAUCUGCACUUUAUUUGGAGGAAGCAGGGGACGUCCAUCCUGGGAAGAGUGGCAGGGGGCGUCCGACUGUUGUGGACGGACUUCUCGAGAAGCCAGUCCCUGGUGUUUCCGUGAUAGCUGCAACCAAAGCGGAGCUGGCGGUUCUGGGGAGCCUCGCCUUACAAGUCACCGCUGCCUUUCGUCCAGCGCCGCACCCUCCCUCAGACUUAGGGGACGCAUCUGUGACCUGGUUCAGGAAGCCAGACCUGACGUGGCCACGCACGAGCUUGUGUGUGAAUGUCCAGUUCCACGUCACCCAUGGGAGCCAGGGGCUGUUCUGUGUUGUCUCGGAUUCUGCAGAGAAAGAUCACAGUGGAAAAUGUGCACUAAUGAUUUCAUUUGAAUUUUUUUUCCCCCAAAGUAGAAAGCUGCCUGCCCUGUUUCUGACCCUGCCUCCUUACUGGCCAGAGCGGGUAGCCUUUUGCUGACUUGGUGAUUGGUGCGUGUCUUCACCUAUCCCGCCCUCCCCCAAGCACACGCGUGCACCCCCUGCCCCACCUGGCUGGCUGGCUGGCCGGGGACAUCCAGUUUUUGGAGCUGCGUGGAACCUGGCUCUGCCUGUGUGCCUGCAGACUCUGCACAGCCUCAGGUGGUCCCAUGAGUUGUUUGCAUAGGGAAGUGUGCAUGGCCCACCGGGUAGAUCACAGGGAGUAUAAGCCAGCCAGAAUGUCCCUUGGGGGCUAUAGUAGGAGCCCCGCCCCUCCUGCCACUCCUCCCCCCUGCUCCCCACCAAACUGGGGGGCUUCACACUGUGACUCUGGUACUGGCAGCUUCAGCUUGGAGCCUCUAGUUUCCUGGGAUACCAAACAAUGCCCACCGCAGUGACAGUGGCUGCCGUCCAGUCCCUGAUUUCUGACCACCGUCACUGUGCGACUGACUAACUCAUCACCUCUGCCGCUUACUAUCGGGGGAGGGCUGCUUAGCCUCUGGUGUUGACCUGGUUUGUCCGGCUUGGCCAAGCGAGAAGGGAUGGGCUGGCUGCAGAGCUUAGGGGAAGGAGAGUGGGGAGCCAGUCUGGGGUCCGGGGUCAUUUGUCCACGAUCUGCCUCUUAAAUGCGGCUGGUUCCAGGGGCCUUUCCAGAGGCCUGGGUUGGGCGUGGGGGCAGGGAGCGCCUUCCUGGCAGAGCCCUGAGCAGGGGAAUUCCGGGAGGAGCCACAUCCGGGUUCUCCUGCCACCCUGGGCCCUCCCGUAUCCACAGCAAACCUUUACAAAGCAGCUCACUCUUGCUUUUCCCAGGUAUUCAGCGCACCAUCCGCUGGCUUUGGUAAAGGACGACACCAACCAAGUGCCCUUUGUGCGUGUGUGCCCCAUGCACCCUUACUGGUUUAUGCAUUCCACAGGGGGUACAGUAUUUGUGUAUCACUCUUUAAAGGAAAAUUGGCUUUGAGUAUUUGUAAUGCAUCUGUACCUGAAAAAGUAAACACGUGUUCUUGAAUCAACAGCGUCCAGGCCAAAGAGAAGAUGGCUGGGAAGGAAGCGCCCGCUGGUGUGGCACAGAGCCCAGGUGUCCCGUUUGACUGUGUGGUUCUGUUGAUGAAAAACACACACAGUGUCACCGCGGUGCUUUUGUUCCUCAUAGUUUUUGCCUGUAGGUCCCUUCAAACUGGACAUUCCUUAGGAUGACGUCUUUCUCAGGAAAUGUAUUAUGGGAGAUGCUGAAUGUCUAUGACUUUGGCCGUGAAAGAUUCCACUGUCCCAGACGGGAUGUGUCAGAGGCUGCUGUGUCGGGAGCCCAGCAGUGGAAGUGCCACAUGUCUCUCCUUGUAGUUCAUAAUGACGCUGCUCUCCAGCACCCUAAAGUCCUGGGCUUCCAGGCCUGUCUGAAGUUACCCGUCCAGAAGGGGUUAAGGCGGAUUGGUUGCUUUGGGUCCCGCACGCCGGCGGGGGUAAAGAAAGGUUUAAAUUAAGGAAUCUAUUUUCUUUCUCCCUGUUUCUCCCCCCCCCCGCCCAAGUCUUGGCAUAGGAUAAUGUCAGACUUUCUGAGAUUAUUGUUUCUGUUUUAAAUUGAGUAUUGAUUUUUUUUACACUGACUUUGUAUGGAGUCCUUUUUUGAAAGAAUACCAAAAUAAAAUGCAGAAUCUUUGUACACAGCCUUUGCACAUCCAAACUCUUAAUAGCUUGAGUUACUGGUGCCGUGGGAACAAUAUAAAUGCUGUUAAAACAUUUAAGGUUUCAGAAAGCUACAUUGCACAAUUGAACACAACGCGGUUUUAUUUUAGUUCUUGGAACCAAUAGGCUAUUCUUUUUAAAAGGGGAUGAACUGUGCCCUGGGGCUAGCUAGUCGAAUCUAGAUACAUCCACAUUAGAAGGGACAGGAUUUCAUUUGCCUUAAAUGUUUAUAGAUUUUUCUAUAACUUUCCACUGAAGUUAUUAAAAUGUGAAUGUCCAUGUUAAGGAGCAGAAGGCAUCAGCAGGCAGUGCUGCUCUUCUCUUUGGCAGCAUUUGAACCAGUAGAUACCUUUUGUCCCUCAGUGUGUCCUUGGGAAGAUAAUGACAAUUUUUAUUCAUUCAUGACCUCACUGUUCUAGUCUGCGUUCUAGGAGGUGGAAGGGACGUCAAGGUUUUGUGGCUCGUGCAUCCUUUGCAUUAUCCAUUAAGUCAAAACACGUAAUGCUUUUGCAAAAGGUUGGCAAAUAAGCCCCAGAGAAAAUGCUCAGCCAGGUUUUUGCCCACCCAUCAUCAUCUCCCUUUGUCCUGCUCUGUCCAGCUCUUCAAAGCUGCAGACAGGACAGACUCUGUGCAGCAAAUGGCAAGGGGUGGGUGGCCUGUGCGUGUGCUGUGGGUAGUGUGGCGGCCCAGCCCCCGAGCUCGGACCUCCUGUUCACUGGGGAGGACGUAGCGGCUGCUGUGUGUUGGGGAGGGACGUGCUGCCUGCUCUCUCCACUGCAGUCGGGGAUAGUCCAGGACCGCAGUCUUGCGUGCCAUCUCCACUUUUGAGUGCCUGUGUUUAGGUGUGGCCAUACCUCUGUGGGGAGCCAUGGGCCUGUCGGGUUGGCAGAAAUUGAUUACCCUGCUCCUUCUCAGUCCCGUCCCUGGGAGAGAGAACGUUCCAGCCAUUCAGUGGAACCCAAAAAAUCAGGUCUUUGGUUGACUCUCUUCUACCCGGGCCCUGCUAUGUAAGGCCCCCUAAACAGGGAUGUCGAUUGUUCGUGGUUAUGUGUUUCCAUACACAUGCGCAUUUCUCAGUCUGUGUAUUACCAGGGAGGUGACGUGUUUAUAUGUUAGACACCUGAGCAUCUGUGUGAUCUGUAGCAGACAGGUGUGCAUCUUCAUGGAUCACUUGUUUGUGUGCUUAUGUGGAUGAGUGUGUGCAUAGAAGUGUCUUCUGGGGAGCCCACUGUUCUAUAGGCGAGUCUGCCAACCCCUGUCCUAGCCCCUCCAACCUGAACGCAGAAAGGAAGGUUGAGCUCAUUGUAAUUACUGCUCCGGCUUCACUACCCUGGAAGCCUUACUAUAUGUUUCUCAAUAUAGCUUAAAAAUUGAGCAUCAUCAAAAAAACAAGAUUGAUUACUGAAGGUGGUGGGGAAAUGUUAGCACGAUAUUUAAACAGUCCUGCAGCAGAGACCUUGCAAUUCUAACUAAAGUGGUGUGAGUGUUCCCGGGUAGUGUUCGUGCUUCACGGAUCUUGUUACAAGAAAUAAAUCACUACUGUGAAUUUACUACUAUGUAACCUUGUGGUCAUAUUCCGUGUUAAAUAAAAUAUGAAUUGUUCUUAAGCCCAUACACAGUUCUUGAAUGGUAUUCGGUGUGGUAAUGGAAUGGUAAUGGAAUUGAGCUGGUCAGAUGCUGCAUGGAAAUCCCUGUAUUGAGCUUUAAUUAAGUGGAUGCUCAGGAAAUUUAGACUUCAGGUCACGUUUUUGAUAAGACGUUAUGGUCCAAGAAGAAAGAGAAGGAUCCUAACAUCUAUUUAUCAGGCCUUGUGUGUAGAUACUGUUCCAGACAGCCUUGUGGUCCUCACGUGCCUCUACCGUGGGGGUUCUUUUAAUCGUACAGGUGAGAAAAGGGGUAUCAGAGAGGGGGAGACUUGCCCAUGGUCCCAUGGACAGUUCAUGGAAGCUCACAUUCAAUGUUUGGUUCCAGUCUCUCGGUCAUACACCUUGAGGUAUGAUCUAUGUGAUCUGGCAUUUUGGAUGCAAAGGAGGGACCUACAGGUGCUUGACCUUGAACCAGACCCUGGGAUGAGGGUUUUGUUGGAGGUGGAAUUGCUUGUGCUCCUUCACUUUGGGUUUGCCCCAGAGGUGUGGCCCCACCUGGAGCUUCUCCACCAUGAGGGCAGAUCUCAGGAUUUUCAGUGCAGAGAACUUGAGAAUCUCCUGCUCCCAGAAAAAGCAGCCCUGCUGGUGUGGUACCUGGUGUUGCACCAGGAGGCAGCCCCCUGCUUUUGCCCCUCCGUCCUUCCCCACGCAACCUGCUGGCUUGGGCCGGUGUGCACCUUGGGCUUUGGUCGCAGGGAGGUGUGCGGGGGCUGACCUGGCCUCCUGAGAUGAGGAGGCCUCUGCCUGCUGCUGUCAACAUCCUGUCCCUGGUCCGGUUGGGAGAGGGACAGCCCACGGGCCUGGCCAGGCUGGUUUGCAGCGGAGCCUGCCCUCACCUCCUGACCUGUGUUCUCAGUGAGCUCUUUGCAUCCACUGGUUUCCCUCGGGAGUUUUAGAGAACAGACGUUAAAAUAGGCCUCCGAAAACAGUGUCUUUAAGCUCUGGCUCUGUCGUGCCGAAACUACCAUUUUCUCUCCUGCUGUUUGUUUUUGGUC